GAUUCACUAUGACGUUUAUUUUUAUUGUCGUCUGCUUUGUUGAUUUUAUCUCAAAAGUCACACAAGUAAAUAAGAUAAGACUAGGAAGGAAAUAGAAAGUCACAUUGCGCCUUUACCUUUGCUCUCUUGCUUAUGUCAAUUGUUUUUCAAUUUUUUAUCUUCAGUUUUAGCAUAGAAUGUGUAAUAAAACGUUUCACUGAAGAACUUAUAAGUAUUUGGCUUCAACUAUCAGCACGAAAUGGCUGCUUCUACUCCAACUAAAGUCGAGUUUUACUUUGACGUCGUGUCUCCAUAUACUUGGUUUUGUUUUGAGGUUCUUUGUCGAUAUAAACCAUAUUGGAAUAUGGAUUUAGUUCUUCGGCCUUUUUUCCUUGGAGGAGUUAUGAAAGCUACUGGAAAUAAACCUCCUAUGACUGUUGCAUCAAAAGGCAUGUACAUGCAGAAAGACCUUCUCAGAAAUGCUGACUACUUUGGAAUCAACAUCAAACUUAUUGAUGAUCCCUACAAUGUUCUUGUUCAAAAAGGUUCCUUGAAAGCCAUGAGAUUUCUCACUUCUAUUAAUCUACACUGCCCAGUGUACCUUGAAAAUGUCUCUCGUGAACUUUGGCAAAGAAUCUGGUCUAUAGGAGAAGAUAUCACAGAGGAAGACAGUUUUAAACUAGCUGCUAAAAACGCCCAAAUGAAUGAAAUUGAUAUUGAGAAUUGUUUGAAAAGAAUGGAUGAACCGGAAACAAGAGAGGCUUUAAAAAAGACUACGGAAGAAGCAGUUGAUUAUGGGGCUUUUGGCGCACCAACGAUCGUUGUUCAUGCCAAGGAAGGACCAGAACUAUUUUUCGGAUCGGAUCGCUUUCCAUUAAUUGCUCAAUUGUUGAAAGAAGUGUGGAAAGGUCCUUUUCCAGAACAGAAGAAUAGCAAACUGUAACUAGCUUAAUUCUGAAAGCUGAAACC